AUGACGAUUCCCGAUCAGCUCGCGUUUCGGCCCUCGACUCACGCCGUCGUGCACCUCGACCCCGCCCAUCCACUCGCGUCGGCGAUCCCACAUCAGGAGCUAGAAGAAGCGGACAACGAAAUCCAAAGGCUGAACGAGUUGCGUUUGGGAGAAGAUAUCAGCUACGAGGAGUACUCGGGUUACCUUAGGCAGUUGCGCAGCAAGCCUGAUGUCGACACUUGUACCAAACUGGAUGCUGUUCAGCUCAAGGAGCUUAACGCCCGCCAUGCGUUGUAUCGCAGCAAGUGUUACCAGUUGUCACAACAAGCGCCCAAACACAAGAUUUACUAUGAGAAAUGGAGAGACUGUCGCCACCGUGACUAUCUUGAGGAGAGAUUUUGUAAGUGCUGCGAGGAGGAUAGCAAAUUAGAUUGGUAUUUCCACCCUGAUUACUGCAAACUAGCUGGCCUGGAGGACUACCAACGGCUCGUCCCUCGAAAUUAUGGUGGUUAUGAGUACGAACGUUGGGAUCAGUACCACAGGUAUUGUCAUAGCUAUGAGAUUGAACAAGAAUAUAUCAAAUAUUGUGAAGAACUGUCAAAGAAACUUAAGUGGAUGGAAGCUUAUGUGCCAAACAAGUCUCCAUCUAUUAAGUGGGGAAGAAUUUUAACAAGAGGAGCUUACCAAGCAAUCAAGAUCGCUACCGACUUCUCCAUGAUGACUGGGAAUUUAGCCUUUCCUGGCUUCUACGAAUGGUUUGAUAGCAUGACGUUUGAUGUUUGUUACUACAACGAGUUAGAUGGCGUUUUCUACGAGAUUUGGAAGCGGUACACUAAUGAGAGGACAUUCAGAGAUUCUUUGGAUGAAGUAUAUAAACUUAAUAGGUUCCCGUUACGCCAACACAUAAUGAGAGCUGCGCUGGAGAAUGACACAUUAUGCUCCGACUUGGAAGAGGAGUUUCUUUCUUGCACAACUUGCCUCAAGGAAUUUGCAGAGGAUAAAUCCCAGAUUACAGAGGACAAAGCCCGCGAGUUGAUUGCAGAAGCACUUAGAAAGGAGACGCCAAAACCAAAGUUUUAUGAGGACUAUUGUAGAAAGAAGAUUGAUAUUGCCAGAGCUAUUGGAUUAAUUUCAAGAUAG